UUUUUUACAAAUGAAUGUGGCCACAAUCGGAAUUGUAUUUUUUGCUGUUCAUUUAGAAACUGAUCCAUCACUUGCUUUUGUUCGCAGGAUUUUCAAUCAGAAUCAUUUACAGUCAGAAUCAGGUCAGAUUUGCUCUGUGUUUGGUUAAUGUUUAACUCCAGAGAUCGAAUAAUCAGGGUAAAGUUUCACCGAAACAGAUCCGCGUUGAUGUUUACACACUUCACAGACACACGUGCUUCAUACGACUGUUACCUUAGAGAAGCUCCUCACUCUUUUUCUUUCAUUUGUUGGCAUGAAAACUUGCAGUCAGUUUCUUUGAGAGGUCUGAUAAACGUUCAGCACGAAGAGCAAGCAGUUCUGCUUUUACAGUUCUUGAGGGACGCACAUAAAUGUGUGUGUGUGUGACCCGACUCACUUCUCCUUCAUGCCCGUGUGUGUUGGCGCUGUGGGCGGUGGAGUGAAGCGCUCGAGGCUCCUGGCAUGGGCAGCGUAGGGAGCGGGGCCUCCAGUCAGCGGCCCAUCACAAUGCGCAGCGUGGGAACCCGCACCACCCCAAACGGCCCGCUGGCGGCCGCACCACCCCCCGCCUCGGCCCGCCGCCGCCUCGAUGACCGCAGCUUCAGCGCCGAGCGCAUCCCCGGCCCCAGCACCAAGACCAAGGGUGUCUCCGCUGACGAGCACAGCUACAACACCGAGAGGGAUUUCCACGCACGCAACCACGCUGACACCGAGCGCACCGCGGCACACAAUACCAACCGCCAACAGAUGCUCAAUGGAGAGAGGCUGGUGUCCAACGUGGUGUUUGCCAACGGGGCACGGAGGGAAGGACACAGGCGUGGAGAGAGUUUGGACCUGUGUGGGAACAACAUCGUGCUGAACAACGACAGGAACGGCAGCCAACAAGCUCCACCGCAGCCGCCGCCGCAGCACAAGGACAAGAGCAAAGCCAAACCCGAUAAUCACAACCCGCCCAACAUCCAGCCCGUCUCGGGAAAACUCGAACAUGCACAGACCAGUGACUCUCUGGUGCGUCCAUCAGCCUUCAAACCCGUGGUGCCCAAGAGCUUUCACUCCAUGCAGAACCUGGUGUGUCCCCUCCAGACCAGCUCUGGGACGGCCGGUCAGGGCAGCAGCGGCGAGAAGGGCGGUCCGAACCAGGACAGUCCCGGGACACACGGUGGUGCAGGCCGGGCAGGACAGGGCAGUCUUUCGGACUCCGGGAGGAACUCUCUGACCAGUCUGCCCACGUACACAGGCUCCAGCUACGGCCCACCGCCCGCGCUCGGACCCCUCAGUGCCUCCACCAGCCACAUCAACCGGCUGGGCACCGUCGCCCUGGACAAGCCGGGCUACCAGAACGGCCUGAGCGCCUCCGACAGCGGCCGCUCCUCCUCAGGCAAGAGCUCCUCCUCGUACCAGCGCCUUAGUCACCUGAGCGACGCUCCCGCGCCCCUGAGACCCUCUCCGUCCUCCGACGACGUGAUUCAGGACCUGGAGGAGCGACUGUGGGAGAGAGAGCAAGAAGUAAGUGAGGUGAUUCACAUGAGACGUAACCUGGACCAGAGCGAGGCGGCUAUAGUGCAGGUGUUCGAGGAGAAGCAGCGCGUGUGGGAGCGUGAGAUGGAGGAGUUGAGGCAGAACUAUGCCGGGCGUCUGCAGCAGGUGACCCGACGGGCCCAGCGCACCCAGCAUGCCCUGCAGGCACAGAUCGCCCGUCUGCAGCAGGACAAGCGGCGUCUGCAGGACGAGAUGACACUGCUGCUCGCUCAGAGAGAGGAGCUGGAGAAGAAGUGCUUGGACUUCAGGAAGGAGCAGGCCGAUAUCCUGCCCAGACUGGAGGAGACCAAGUGGGAGGUGUGUCAGAAGGCGGGCGAGAUCUCUCUGCUGAAGCAGCAGCUGCGCGAGAGUCAGGGCGAGGUGACGCAGCGGGCCGGAGAGAUGGUGGCCCUCAGGGGUCAGUUGAAGGAGCUCAACGCCCAGCUGAGAGAGCGAGAGGAGGCCGAGAUCAGCCUCAAAGAGUCCUUCUGCACCAAGACCCUGGAGCUGGAGCGCUGCGAGGCCGAGCUGCAGACCAUGCUGGCCGAGGUGGCAGUGCUACGAGACAAGCUGAGUGCGUUUGAGACGGAGGUGGCACGGCUGAAGAAGGCCCUCAGUGAACUCAGCAGCAGCUCCAGUCGCUCCAGUGAGCCCAGUCUGACCGGUGUGGGUCAGCUGGUGGCUUCCCGAAGUCGAGAGCAUCUUCUGUCCCCUCCGGAGACACCCACAUCCCUCCCGGCGUUCCCGGUGCUCCCGGCACCAGACCCGAUGCUCUCGCUGCAGAGCGACGACUGCAAGGCGCAGCGGCAGGAUUCGGGCGACCUGCGGCGUCAGCUGGAGCGACUGCAGGGCGAGCUGCGUCUGGAGCGACAGCAGCGAGAGCGGCAGGCGCUCACCUUCGCUCAGGAGCGCCAGACCUGGCAGGACGAGAAAGAGCGUGUGCUGAAGUACCAGGCGCAGCUGCAGCUCAGCUACGUGGAGAUGCUGCAGAAGAACCAGGCUCUGGAGGAGCGCGUAGACAAGCUAGGAGCCCAGGUCGUCUCACCGUCACCGCCGGAGGCCUCUGUGUCCGUCUCCAUAUCCCUGACCUCUCCCACCCCACCAGCGGAGGAGAAGAAGCUGACAGAGAUGCACCAGCUGGCUCCGCUGUGGCCCGUGCCGACCCGCCUGGAGAGGAUCGAGUCAACGGAGAUCUAAUGCAUCCCUGAUUACAACUGCAUUCAGUACAAUCCAAAAACUGCUUCCGAGGACUGUCCAAGGAUGCCCUGCUUCUUGGACCUGCAAUUAGGCAGGUGUGUGGGUUGAGGGCAGGUUCGUUGGGUAGCUAUGAGAGCGUGUGUGUGUGUGUGUGUGUGUGUGUGGCCUUAUAGAGAGGAGGUCAGUCGCCAAGCGGGAAACACUCAGGGGAUUCACGGACCGUUUCAGCUUUGUGUUUUUACAGGCGCGAGGGUUUAGGCGAUUAAGAAGUCACCGUCGCUCCUAGGCAUAUCCUUAUAUGAUCACGGCAUCUUCUGUACUCUCCAGCAUUCAAACAAUCAAAACUAGAGAUCCCAGAAUAAAACUGCAAUCAGUUUCUCUUUAAGUGAAGAUCUCGCAUGGUGCUCAUCACGUUUAGGACCAAAUCUUAGUUCCCGUCUCGAGAGUGUUUAUGACAAUGUUCGUCGGGCCGCAGAAAGUACACAGAGGUGCAGAAUAAAGGAAACAGAU